CCUGUCCGGGGACAGCAAGAGAGAUUGGGCAGGCCGUGAGAAGCUGAGAACUCCCCCGCAAAGAUGGCUGACAAAGGCAAAAAGGGCAAAGAUGCAGCCCCAGCGGCCCCUCCUCCGGGCGCCAAACCCCCGGACAAGAAAGAUGAGAAGGUGGAGGAGAAGCCACCAGAAAAGAAGGUGGAGCCCAAGGAUGAAGUGGGCACGAGGAAGGGAUGUCGCCGCUACAAGUGGGAACUCAAGGACAGCAAUAAAGAGUUCUGGUCUAUGGGGCACGCCGUGGUCAAGAUCCUGAGCUUGGGCUGCCUAAUAGGUUCGCUGAUAAUGUUCACUGGGAGCAUCGUUCACCCCCUCCUGACACUCAUCAUCACCAUGGAGAUAUCCAUCUUCAGCUUCUUAUUCGUUAUCUACACCUUCGCCAUCAACAGAUACUUGCCCUUCGUCCUGUGGCCCAUUGCUGACCUUCUCAAUGACCUGUUCGCCUGUAUCUUCCUUGGGGGGGCCGUGGCCUUUGCUGUGCAAACUCGGCAGAGCAUACCGAUGAACUACUUGAUUGCCCUGAUCCUUAUUGCUCUGGCUGGGUUUUUUGCCUUAAUCGAUGUAUGUCUUCAAAGAAAACACUUCAAAGGCAAGAAGGUCAAAAGGCAUGUGCUGGUUCCUCCAACAAAGGAGGGAGCAAAGGGACCAGAACAGGGACCAGGACAGGGACCGGGGGCGGCAAAGCCAAAGGAAGAGCCAAAACCAGCAGACAAGAAAGCGGAAAAGCCGAAGGAAGCAGACAAGGGAAAGGACAAGGGGAAGGGAGGCAAGAAAUGA